AUGGGGACGUAGCGGGCCAAGGGAAGGUAGGAUGUGCAGAGCGCAUGGCAGAGCGAGGGGAGCACUAAACUCAGAGCGAGGGGAGCACUAAACUCAGAGCGAGGGGAGCACAAAACACGGGGCAUGGGGAGCAUGGGGAGCACAGAACGCAGGGCAUGGGGAGCAUGGGGAGCACAGAACGCAGGGCAUGGGGAGCAUGGGGAGCACAGAACGCAGGGCAUGGGGAGCACAAAAUGCCAGGGCGCAAAAAUGCCGGGCAUGGGGAGCACAAACGGGAAGAAGACGGCGCAGGUCUUGGGGAGCACAAAUGCAAGGCAUGGGGAGCACCAAACACAGGGCAUGGGGAGCACAAAAUGCCGGGCAUGGGGAGCACAAAACACAGGGCAUGGGGAGCAUGGGGAGCACAGAACGCAGGGCAUGGGGAGCAUGGGGAGCACAGAACGCAGGGCAUGGGGAGCACAAAAUGCCGGAGCACAAAAAAGCCAGGCAUGGGGGAGCACAAAAUGCAGGGCAUGGGGAGCACAAGAUGCAGGGCAUGGGGCUUUUUCCAGCGGAGAUGGGCGAGGUGUGAAAUGCUCUGAUAUGGGGUAUAUGGCGGCCAAAAUAAGGGCCGACAAGGGAUGUGGAGGGAAGAGGAGGACAGGGCAGCUGGUGAAAAGGCCAGCUGAAGACAGGGCAGGGCGUGAUAAGAAGGGAUGAACGUGUCGAGGGUUACAGGAUUCGGGCUAAUAAUUACAAGCAGGAGAUGCUGAGGGAUCGGGAUUAAAGUACGGCUGGUUUAAAGGCCAGCUAAGAGCUCAGGAUGAUCUGGGCAUGAGGUGGUGAGCUGCCAAAGAAGGGCUAGUAGGAGCUGGAGAGUAGUAAAGUGGUGAAAGGGAGAGAGGAAUUAAGUAUUAUUAGGUUAAAUAAGAUAGAGAAAGGAAAUUAGAGAGGAGAGGAAUGGGCCACUUCUUCUGAACGAGAUGCUGGCGUAGGGAUUGGACCUAUGAUGAUGGGUUGAAAUACGGGUGUCAAAUGAAAUACUCCUAUGAAAAUAAAUAUGUGGAGUGGGCAAAAGUGAGGACAUGGCAUGGGGCAGGAGCACUAGCUUCUAUAAAGUAGACCAACCACCACCAGUGAAUUGAGCAGUGCUUAUUAGGCACUGAAGGAGCUUGAAUACAGGUUAAACGUGAUCUAAAAAGUUAAAUGAUAUAUAUAGAUUCUAGUAUCAAAUUUGCGAGAAUGCAGGGCCUUGGAGUAAAGGAUGAGCGUAAAGAGAGAGCUAAGACUGGAAAUGAGGAUGAGAAACUGAGGAACUAUAGGGAAAAAGAUUAAGGUGCAAGACGUGGAGAAAAGGAUGAUUUGUCUAGAAGCUGGAAUGGACUGAACGAAGGCUGGGAGAGCCAGCUUAUCAGCGAGGGUGUUAGAAUGACCAGAUCUUUAUUAAGCAGAGGUGAUUAAAUUGAUUAAUGGCAAUCUAGCACUUGUUAAAACGUGCCUUGCAAACUAACUUGGCUUGAAUCUGGCAUUGAUGUUGGAGGUUCUGUUCCUCCGGACGGGGCCGUGGCUUCAGUACAGCUUGGGAGUACUGGUAGUUUGGCUGACAGACCUGUAAUGAUGGCUUGCAGGUGCUUUAUAGCAAUGCCUCAGAAGCGGGACUGG